CCGCGGGCAGGCGUUGGCAAUUGUUCUGGGCAGUGAGAAGGCUCCCGCGAAGGACGGGCUGGCUGUCCUGGUGCCCGUGCUGGUCCGUUGCGCGGGGGCGCUGAGCCUGAACCUGGAGGCCCUCGUGCUGCGCGAGCACGGCGAGGCCGUGGACGCCAUCUACGCCACGCAGCACGCCCACUGCCAGCUCCUGGAGGCAGCGCUGCAGACGUGCUGCCACCUGCUGUGCGCGCUGCGCGACAGCGGCCUCGCGCAGUACCGGCACACGGAGCUGAUGCACGCCCUGGUGCUGCUGGCAGUCCGCCUCAGCUCCAGCCAGGUGGGCAUGGCCCCGCAGCUCGGAGGCGCAGACCCCGAGUUCCAGCUGCUGCGCCGGCACUGCCUGGUGCUGACCUGCAGGGCCUUCCGGGUGUGGGUGCAGGGCUUCCCGAGGGUGACAGGCGGGCAGCUCCUCCGCCCGCUGCUGCGGCACAUGCGCAUGCUGCCGUGCCACUUCGUGCCCGGGCUGCUGCUGUUGUCCACUUGUGGGAGUCUGCGGCCGACGCUGCCGGCUGCGCCCCACAAGUUUGAGAUCAUCUCAGGAGAGCUGCCGGAGAGGGGAGAGCAUGCGUUGCCGUCCCAGCAGAUCCUGCUGCCGGCGAGCACGGCCACGCUCGGACGACUGAUUCUGAUCAGCCUCGCUGGCAGACUUUGCGGGCUGAGGGGAGCGAAGACCUGGCUGGGAGACGAGGAUCCCGGGAGCCCGAUGGAGCGGGCAGCCCCGGCAGCUGUCGGGUGGCCCUUCCCGAGAGGGGCCUGGCUCGACGCGGCGCUGAACGGCGACCUGGUGCCGGGGCUGCCGCUGUGGGCUGGUGCACGGGUCCUGGCGCGUGUCAAGGACGACUUCGGGGCGCCGCAGGGCGUCGAGAUGCUCGAAGUGGAGGUCGCCUACCAAGCGGACGCCUUCGGCCGUUUCUUCAAGGGCCGGCAUGGCGCGCGCCCCCUGGCCACGGUCUUCCACCUCUGCAAGUGCAGCGCCGCCGAGUGCGGGGCGGUCGCCCCAGUGGGCGCUGUAGUCGAGCACUUGGACGUGUGGCAGGUGGUGGACCCCCGCGAUGUGGCCCGCGAGCAGGCGAAGCUCAUCUGCCCGGCCGCGGAUCCUGGGGCGCCUGUGCUGACCGACGCGCCCUCGGCCGAGCCGUUGCCUGGAGAGCUCGGCGGCUGGCCGCUCGGGGAUGGGGCCAACGAGGACGAGGAGGAGCCUCGCGGGCCUCCGCGCAAGCGGGCCCGCGAGGUGGAGGGCACCCAGACCCCUGGCGGACCAGGAGAGACGAGCCCACUCGACCAGGAGAUUGCGGGGCUCGAGGAGACCGCCGAGGACCCAGAGCUCGAGGCGCGGCUGGCGCGGCUCGGGGGCAGGGCAGCUCGUGGUGUGCCGAGGCAGGGCACGCCCAAGAAUGCUGCGCGUCCAGCGGGAGCCGUGGGCGAGCGCCUGGCGCAGGUGGUAGCUGGCCGAGCCGCCGCUGCUGCCCCUGCGCGCGCCAGCGCCACGGGGUCGAGGAGCAGGCUGGCGUCAGCGUUGACCGCUGCGCUCCUGGGGCGCGACGACGACGACGCGGAGGACGGCGCGGAGAGCGACACGGAGCGCCUUGGGGGCCGCGACCGCUACCAGGGCGUGAACAUCAAGCGCGACUUGUUCCGCAGGAUCGCUCGGCAGCGGCCCGGCGCUCUCCUCGAGAAUGGGCUCGGCCACCUGCGCAGCCAGUUCACCCAGCAGUUAUCCGCAGGCGAGGCCGACCCUCUGGCCCCGUGCGUCACACAGUUCCUGAACACGGUGUUCUUCGUUGCUCACCCGCCGCGGACGCUGGGGACAGACGAGGUGCGGGUCCUCCGCACGCUGGGGCUGGCGCUCGACGGCAUCCUGCGCGGAGAGGUCGUCGAGACUGCGGAUCUGCUCAUGCAGGAGUUCAAGGCGCGGACGAUGGCCAUCCGCGACGGGAACUGGCGGUCGGCACGGUGGCUCACGCUGGUCGCACAGGAACAGCUUCCAUCAGGCGCCUCUCUGGACGAGGAGAACGCUGCCGAGAAGGUCGAGGCCCGGGAGCUGAAGGUCGCCGAACUCCGCCAGCGACUUGCAGACCGCAGGACCAGCCGCAGUCCCACGCGGUCAGUCCAGCUCCUGAGCGACUCGGAGGGGGACCUCGACGCAGCAGCCGCCGCCCGCGUGCCACCAGCGGAGGCGGCGGCAGGCCGGAGCUUCGCGCAGUACAAGGCGGCCCACCCGAGGCGCGAGGGCGAGACCCAGGACGGCCUGGGUUCGGGCGUGAGGGCCGACGCGGCUAAGGCCGCGGCCCAGAGCACGCUCCCGUCUUCCUUCCGCCCGCCUGAGCGGCAGCUACGCGGCAGCUCGCAGGCUCGGCGGUGGCGCCAGAUGCUAGCCGAGGUGGGCACAGGCGUCAGCUCCAAGUUCAGGCUCGCCCUCGCAGUCCACGAGGCGGUGCACGGCUCGCCAGGGGCGAUCGGGCGGUACGUUCGUAAGAUGUGCACUUCGCCAGCCCCCACGGCCAGCUUCGCGCGGCUGCGCGAGGUGUUGCCGUUACCGCUGCCCGACGCCCCACUCUUUGAGAGGUACCGUGCCGCCUGGUACCUGCACCAGCAGCUGCCGGAGACCUGCGAGGUGGACGCCGCCACGGCGCAGGGGUGGGCCCAGCUCGUGGUCUUCAGCCUGAACUACCAGUACACGGGGCACAUGCGUAGUCCCACCGUCGCCGCGAGGCGGCCCACGGCAAGCCAGGUCAGUGCGCUCGGCAUUGUGCAGGAGGCCUGUGAGUAUUUCGUUCAGGAUGCCGCCACAGCCUUCGAGCUCCCGGACUGGGACCAGGUCAUCGCGUCGAGGACCGUCUCCUACGGGGGCGAGGAGACGGCCCGCGCCCUGCCGCUCUCGCUUGCGGGCAUCAUGCCAGGCCUCCCCGCGCGAGGCGUCGCCGCCUCUGUCAAGGCGGUCGACAUCGCGGACGCUCAGGUGGGCGCCUGGCUUGCCGACCCCACGCUGGCUUUGCUCCCUCGAGAUGAGUGGCCUGCAGAGGUCCCGCGGGCGGCGAUCCAGGUCACGUCCAAGCAGGAGUGGUACCGCAUCGGGACCAAGCUCGUCGAGCUGGGGCUGGCGGCGCCGAUCGCCGACGACCGCAUCUUCAAGGUCGGGAGCCGCAAGGUGCUCGCUGGGGCGUUCGGGGUCGCCAAGGGAGGCACGCCGUCACCUGGCCAGGCGUGCGUCCAGCGUUUGAUCAUCAACAUGGUCCCGGCCAACAGCUACCAGCGCAUCAUGAGGGAUGACAUCGGGACCCUUAGCGCGUCGCCCUCGUGGGUCGCCAUCCCGCUCCCAGAGGGCCACAUGCUGCUCUGGUCCUCAGAUGACCAAGCCUCCGCUUUCUACUGCUACGAGCUGCCCGAGGCCUGGCAGCCAUACAUGACCCUCGCGGAGGCGAUCCCGAACGAGCUCAUCGGUGUGCCGGGUCCUGGGAAGACUCACCUCGCGCUGCGUGUCAUCCCGAUGGGCUGGAUCAACGCGGUCACGGUGUUUCAGCACUGCCACAGGCGCCUCGGGUUCGGCUCUCGCCCCCUCGCUGCGGGGUUUCCCGCAGAGCUCGAGUGGCGCAGGGACCGACCACUUCCGUUCAAGUCGAAGGAGCUCGAGCAGCAGUGGAUCCAGUACUACAUCGACGACUGGGACCAUGGCGAGGUGGUGCCCAACGCGAUGGUCGCGGAGCUCCUCGGCACGAUGAGCUGCGCGCAGAAGGAGCAGAGGGCCGCCUACGACCGCUCGGGGAUCAGCGUCGCCCCCGGCAAGGCCAAGCACCGCGCGCUGGUCCUGGAGCGGAUGGGCGCGGGUCUUGACGGGGCCGUCGGCCGGGUCGGAGUCACGACCGAGAAGUUGCACCAGCUGCUGGCGUUCAUCCUGUGGGGCAUGGGCAGACAGGGCCUCUCGUCGCAGGGCAUGCUCAUGAUCCUAGGCAGGUGCGUCAGGGCGGCGGAGUUCAGGAGGCCUUUCAUGGGAUUCCUCAACAGCGUGUGGGCUGCUGGGCGCUGGACGCGUCCGCAGGCUGUUCCCCUUGGCAUGUGCGACGAGCUCUUGGGCUUCGCGAUGGCGCUGCCGCUGGCCUACACCGACCUGCGCGCAAAGAUCGACACUUGUGUCAUAGCGACCGAUGCCAGCGAGCGCGCCGGGGGCAUCUGCCACGCGGCCGGGCUCUCGGCGCAGGGCGUUGCGUGCGCGAGAGGGGGAGCUUCGGCUGUGACUUUGCGGCCUGGUGCAGUUGCGGCCCCUGUGCGGGGAGUGCGGUGGCGCCCUCGCAUAGUUCUCAUCGAGCUCUUCGCAGGCGCCGCUGGGGCCGCGGUGGCGGCCUCCAGACUCCCGAUCGACGUGAUGGCCCAUGUCAGCUGCGAGGUCGAGCCCGCUGCCCGGCGACUGGUGCGUCGCCGCUGGGCGGGCGUGAUCGAGCUUGGCAACAUCGAGGCCAUCGACACGGCGCGGUUUACUGAGAUGCUGAAGGGCUACGCGCGGGACGCCGACUGGGUCGUCUUGACCGCGGGGAGCCCGUGCCAAGACCUUGCGAGCAUCAAUGCCGUGGGGACCGGCCUAGAGGGGUCGAGGUCGAGGCUCUUCUUCCGGGUCCCCGAGCUGAUCCAGGCAGCAGAGGCUGCCUUUCCCAAGCGCACCAUGUGGUUCGUCGAGAACGUGUUCAGCAUGACCCUAGAGUCGAGGGCGGAGUUCACCAGGGCGCUUGGAGUCACGCCCGUGUUCCUCGAUGCCAGGUGUCUCACUCACGUCAGGCGGCCCCGCCUGUACUGGUGCUCGUGGCCCGUCACGGCGUUCUUGGCGUCCGACGCCACCGUCGAGACCAAGGGUGUGGGUGAAGCCGCGUACUUCAAGGUCUCGCUUGCGGUGGAGAGGCUCCCACUGAGUGCCUCGCUCCUGGAGGGCUGGUCGACGCUGGACCCUGAGGCAGACCUCCCUUGUUUUACGAGGCCGAUCCCGCGACGCCACCCGCCGUUUCGGCCCGUGGGCCUCGACCGCGCCUCGGUGCGGGCCGCGGAGCGCUGGGCUGCCGACAGCUACCGUUACCAGGUCAACAACUACGAGGACGGCAGCCUCAUCUGGGACGCGAGGCGUGAGCGGGGCCGGCUGCCCGUGCCUGAGGAGCGUGCUGCUCUGAUGGGGUUCGACCGUCUCUAUUUCCAGGCCGCUGUAAAAGAUAGUGCACCCGCCGCCGAGCGAGACAGCGUCAUUGAGUCCCUGAUCGGGAAUACGUUCUGCGUCCAGGCUGUCAUGUAUCUUCUCGGCUCGUGGCUCGCUCAGGUGGGGGCGCUAGCGGCCGCCAUCCCGGGCAGCAGCUGCCUCGCUGUGGGCACGUGCGAGGCGAACUGGAACGUGGUCCCCGACUUCCAGCAGCCGGGACAUCGCGACCCGCAGUUGGAACGCAGCCUGAUCGUAGAGUUCCUGAGGGUCGCGGACCGCGGGGGCACGGACGUCCGGCUCGACACCGGGGCGCCCUACCGCGCCCGCGCGUGGCCGCGGGCAGCACUCCGUACGCACCUCUGGGCCUGGCGGAUCGCCAAAGGCUUUCGCUGGCAGCGGCCCGGGCACAUCUCGGCGCUGGAGCUGGAGGCUGCGGUGGCUGGAGCGCGCUGGAGGUGCCGAGCAGUUGAGAACCACCGCUGCCGCUACCUGCACAUCCUGGAUGCCCAAGCGAUCGCGGCAGUCAGCACCAAGGGCAGAUCGAGCGCGAGGGCUUUGCAGCCCGCACUCCGCCGGCUCAACUCCCUGCUCCUCGCGACGGCUGGGUACCCGCUGUACGGCUACUGCGACACCGACGACAUGCCCGCCGACACGCCGUCCCGCUGGAGCUUCGGCCGCCGCUGCCUCGCUCCCAGUGCUGCCGCAGGCGAGGGCCAGGCGAUGGUCACGCCACUCACCCUGCAGCGGUACCGUGCGGCAGUCGAUGAAGUCGUUGAUUUCUGGAUCCAGGAGCACCGGCAGCCGCAGACGCCCGCUCAGGUCGACGCUGGCGUGGCCGCCUUCAUUGAGAGCCGUUGGCUGAGCGGAGGAUCCUUGUUUGAGGUUAAUAAUGCAAUUGCAGGCAUCACGCACACUUUCCCGCCCGUGCGAGGGCACCUGCGGGACAGCUGGCGCUUGGCCAAGACGUGGCAACGCCUGGAGCCAGCUGGGCGGGCGCUGCCAAUCGGUCCGCUGAUCGCGGCAGCGUUCGCUGGUGCAUUUGCGGCCGUGGGCCAGCUCGGUGCUGCGGCGGUGCUGGCUGCAGGCUACGAUGCUUUCCUCCGGACGGGUGAGAUGACCUCGCUCGUGUGGUCCGAUGUACAGCUGUAUCCACUCCGACGAAUGGCCGUGCUGCAGCUGCGCAACACCAAGAGCCAGCAUCAGACUGGUGCCCGAGAGUUCGUGCUCGUGCGGAGUGGUGUAGCGGUCGCCCUCCUUGCCAGAGCAAAGGCUCAGGCGCACGGACAGGACUUGUGCCUCGGGAUGGAGCCAAGCAGUUUCAUGAACACUUUCGGCCGCGUGCGUGAGCUGCUGGAGCUGCAAGAUGCAAAGCUCACCCUCUACAGCUGGCGGCGGGGCGGCGCCUCCGCCGACUUCCGCAGCCGCGGCUCCAUGGAGCAGACGCUGCUCCGAGGCAGAUGGGCCUCGGCGCGCACGGCCCGCUUGUAUGUCCAGGAUGCCGUCGCCGAGGCCACUCAAUUAAAUCUCUCGCCCACGCAUCGGAG